GCGGAGGAUAGCUUAAUAAGGCAGGGUGUGUGAGAGUGGCGGUGGAAUCCUUCUUCCAUUUGCUCCCGUCUCUGUUUCUUUCUCUCUCGCGCUCCCUUUGCUUCUCCAUCGCUUCCCCUGAAUGCCUCACCAGUGUUCAGGGUUAUGAGGGAUUCAAGAAAAAUGUGAACAAAAUAGCCUGCGUUUCUGUUCGGCAUCCAACGUUUAAGCCCUCAUCUUGAAUGCACCCCUUUCGAGCAAUAUUCACAUUUCCAGGAAACUCUUAUUUUGAAGUUGCCGAUGUCGUCGCCUUCAGAAAACUAAUUUUUCGGGGAUCUUUAAUAGAAGAAUCGCAUUUGGAUGCGCCGCCGCUGCCACUCUCAUCUGGAUGAGAUUCUCCACAAUGGCUGUAGCCAUAGAUCAACAUCAUGGGUUUAAGCCAAUUAGCCGAUGCAAACUCCAAUCCUAUGGUCACAUUGAUCAGAAACUUCUAGAACUUGACCAAACAAGUCAUAACCACUCCUCCAAACAAUCAAUUGAAUCCAACAACAAUUUUCCCCGCAGUUUCUCCACUCCAUGCCUACCUUUAACCCCUUCAGCAGGGGAAGAGCUUGCUUCUUAUCCCAAGAUUGAGAUAGUUGGUGGCAGCGGAGCUCCUCUAGUACAUGCUCUAGUUGUAGAAGUUGCCAUAGCUAUGGCCUCUGGCUCUCAUCCUAUUCCAGUCUCAAAAGGGUUAGGUGGUGCGUAUGUUUUCCGGAGCCAAAAUGGCAAGGACAUAGCCGUGGCUAAGCCAGCAGACGAGGAGCCUUUAGCCUUCAACAAUCCAAAAGGCUUGAGGGGUCGAUUGUUUGGCCAACCGGGGUUGAAACAUUCCAUUCGGGUUGGUGAAACUGGGAUACGUGAAUUAGCUGCUUGUUUCCUUGACCAUGCAAGCUUUGCUGGAGUGCCUCCCACUGCUCUAGUCAAGUUCUCUCAUGCUGCCUUCUAUUUUACUGAUGCUGCGGCCGCGGUCCCAUCAGCAAUACCUUGUAAAAUCGCUUCCCUCCAACGCUUUGUUGAUCAUGAUUUUGACGCGGCAGAGUUGGGGCCUUCUUUUUUCUCUGUUGCUUCUGUUCACAAGAUCGGGAUCUUAGACAUUAGGCUUUUAAAUCUUGACAGACAUGCAGGAAAUAUGCUUGUGAAGAAGAAACAAGGUCACCAUAGUUAUAAUGCUUGUGGAGUUGCCGAGCUUGUUCCUAUAGACCAUGGCCUUUGCCUUCCUGAGUGGCUUGAUGAUCCAUAUUUCGAGUGGCUUCAUUGGCCACAAGCCUCCGUUGCUUUUUCUGAGUCUGAGCUUGAUUACAUAUCCAAACUCGACCCAUUUAAAGAUGCUGAGCUUCUUAGAACUAAGCUUCCUUCUCUGAGGGAAUGUGCUAUAAGGGUUCUUGUUGUUUGCACCAUUUUCUUGAAGCAAGCUGCCGCUGCGGGCAUCUGUAUUGGUGAUAUUGGUCAAAUGAUGACUCGACAGUUCUGUGGGGGAGAAGAAAUGCCUAGUAAACUGGAAGAUAUUUGCUCCCGAGCCAAGGCGAUCAUCCGUCGUGGUUCCAACGUGGAGAAGAUGAAAGAAGAAACUGAACAAGGGUCUAACAUGUUUCAACCAGACAAUCCAACUCUAAACGGAUUGAACAAGGGCUUGGGAAUGCCAGGUUUUCCACUUGCAGGAUCAUUGGCUGGCUCGUGUGAGGAGGCUGAUAAUCGAAACAAAACCUUGGAUGCUGGAAAGAUCGAUGAUGGUGAGAGUGAAACAAAGGGGGUUCUUACAAAGAGUGUUAGUAUGUCUUCAUGGAACCAGAAUUGCGAAACAGGGGUCAUUUCAUUCGGAGAAAUGAACCAAGGCGAAUGGGGAAUGUUUCUGGAAACUUUUGAGCAGCUUUUGCUGGGAGUGUUUGACGAUAAUAAGUGCGGGAAUUGAAGCAAAAGUUGGAACCUUGUGCAAGCUAUGGAUGUUAGGAAUCUUCAAUAUAUAUAUAUAUAUAUAUAUAUAUAUAUAGAGUCAAAAUCCAGAGUUUACUAAUAAUUGUAUAUUUAUAUGCCAAAAAAAAAAAAAACACCUUAGAAGUAGGCAAUUGUAGAUGUCUAUAAAGGUGAAGUCAUAUUUUACGAGGAUGGAACAGUGAUUGGGAAGCGAUUCAAUCCUUUUCAUUCUGCCAGGUAUAUUUCGUUGUUGUUUUCCUUUUUUUUUUUUUUCCUUCUUUCAUCCCUUUCUUGUGUUAAAUUUAGUUGUAAACUAUGACCCAGGUGGGUUCCUAUCCUUUGUGAUGUAAAAUUACAAGGUAUAUAAAUUGUAUUGUAUUAGGAUGCAUGUGCAUGUUA